AUGGCAAUUGUUUCACUUUGCACUGAGCCUUGCUGGAAUGCCGCUGACACAUGCAUCGCUACGCUACAGGUGCACAUCAACUUUGGGGAGGUGCGCUGGGAGCCUAUUGAUCCUAUUGGGCAUGAUCAAGCCUCCAAAACCCUGCCCAUCAUGAUGUAUGUGCCAAUUGUGAUCAUUCCCUGCCCUCCAGACAGUUUCGGUGAUGCGGGCACUGACGCGGCCACCGAUGCUUCCAACAUUGCCAAUUGCUCCGACGAGAUCUCGGACUUGUGUGAGGAGUGCACGGGUCAUCUGGUCGUGAGGAGCACGUUUCUUCACAUGGAUGAUGGGCACAGCUUGAUGCAGACAUACCGGAAGCUCCGGCGGGCGAAGACAGACUUUGCCCUGAUGAAUGAUCCGGAAGUGUACGAGCCUGGAAAGCUUAGCCCAGCCAACUUCCGGGAGACUCAUCAGCAAACACAAACAAUGCAGGCACCUCACUUCCAGCCACUUCAGCCACUUCAGCCACUUCAACCUGUAUCCGAUGUCCAUCCUUGCAAUGGCAAGCAGCAGGCUCAGGAAACUCAGAUUGGCAAAGGCAAAGAACGGACCACUGUGAUGUUGCGCAAUUUGCCCAACAACUACACGCGGGAGAUGUUCUUGAAGAUGUUGGAUGACCAUGGGCUGAUGGGCAAAUAUGACUUUGCAUACUUGCCCUGUGAUUUCUACCGCGAUGCAAAUUUGGGCUAUGCUUUCGUGAACCUGGUGGACGGCAAGGCUGUUGAUGAAUUGUGGAAGAUUUUCCAUGGCUUUUCGGAUUGGGCAUUGCCUACUGCUAAGGUUUGCGAAGUAAGCUGGAGUGGACCCCAUCAAGGAUUCAAAGCCCAUAUUGAGCGCUAUCGAAACAGCCCAGUGAUGCAUAAGAGUGUGCCUGACGAGUACAAGCCAGUAAUGUUCAAGAACGGUGUCCGAAAGCCAUUCCCCAGGCCUACCAAGAAGGUAUUGCUGGAGCGCCUCUCCGCUCGAUCCAACACGACGCGCUACCACUCCACCGAGAUCCACUGCGCGCUGUGGCUGUCUGCCGAAUUUGCCCCAGCGGAAGCUGUAGCAUAUGUCACUCCGUUCCUACAGCACGUGGAUGCUGUGGUCUCGGCCGCCGCAUGGCGGUGCUUGCGAUGUCUGCUUUUCUGCAGAGAUGAAGAUGAUCAAGAGGCACUUCAGCUACAACGACGUGCUGCGGUUCAACGAGCUUUGCGUGCGCUACGUGCCUGGUCGCGAGAGGAGCUGCUGUCAAUAGACACCUUUGCACGAGCAGCUGAAGCUGUGGAAGUGUUGCGCUGGAGUGUGGAGGCCGGAGUGGAGAAUGCCAAGCAAAUCCUGGAAUCUGGGAUCCUGGUCAGCAUGGCCAAAAGCUUCAAGGCUUCACACCUUGGUCUACGACGCAGCCUCUUGCGGCUUUUAAGCGCUUUACUGGCAGCCAACUUUACGGAUGCAGCACAUGUGAUCUUCAAGGCUGGUCUGUGGACGUCAGUAGUCUCAGCUUGCGAAGACCUCACUGUUGAAGAGGGCAACGACGAGUUGGGCGAGUUGGAUGUGUUGACGGUCAAGACGGAUGUGGUUCUUUUAGUGAUACAAGGGACUGGAGAAGAUUCCCAGCUGCUGCUGUGGCUGUCGAAAAGCACUGCUUUGUUGCAACAGUGGCAGUGGACCCUGCAGAGCCUGGGCGUUGCUGUACAGAAACAAGUCGGAGGUCACGGCCUGCUUCGCGUGGCAAACCUCCUUCGGCUCCAUUUGGCUGCACUUUUGAGAUUCAUGGAGCUGCCGAUUGAGGACAGUGACUUCCUCUUCUCUUGGCAAGUGACUGUGGCUUUGGGCGAAGCGCUUCAGGCGGACAUGCCGAUGGAAACGCAGCAGCUGGCAACUGCUGCACUUGUGUCGUGGGCUGCCAUUCGCAUGAAGGAAGUCUCAGAGACCGGCGAUUCUGCCGCGUUGGCCACGCUGGGCACGCGAGCCUCGCAACACCUGCUGCGUGUUUUGAGUGGUCAUGAUGCUGGAGCCGGAAUUGGUUUGGCUGAAUGUGCUGCUGCAGCCAACCUCUUUGCCUCCUCAUCACAAGCUGCAUUUUCUGCCGCGAAACAGUUGCCUGAGCUCAGCGCCCUUCUGCAGCAAUUGUCGGAGCAACGCAGGCACCAACAGCUGAUUUGGGUAAUGCGGGUCUUCUUUGCUAUGCUCAUCUCCUCCGAAGAUGCUCUUGAAGGAGCACGUGCUGAAGGCUUGCUAACCUCAGUGCUUCUUGCCUUGAGAUCUUCUGCGGAUAGAGACCAGGCCCUGUGUUUGGAAUUCCUGGAGCAGCUCUUCCACCUCAGUGGACAGCUGCAGGAAGAACUCUUCCAGUCCGAACUCCUCAGUUGGUUGAUGCGACUGAGUACAAAGAGACAGCUUGCAAGUGCUGCCUUUUGCUGCGUGAUGGACAUUCUUUGCCUUUGUAGCGAUGUCCUUGCUGGCAAGCCCUUGCUGUUUCGCUACUUGGGUCAGUUGAUGGAGGCCAUUCGUAGUUUGUCCAAGACCACAACUCUGCCUGUUCGCUGGAAGAGCAAGCGGCUGGUGGCGGCCAUGAAUUUCAUCAGUUCCUUGCGCUUGUGCUCAAGGAGUGCAGCUAUUCUGACUGGGGCAGCUUCAGGAGAUUCUGGCACAAGGCGGCACUUAUCUGCACCCUUGGGUGCAGGUUUGGACCUUUGGUUUGACUUUGCGGGCGAGACGCCCAAAGGUGACAUUCAUGGCAUCCCAGUGCGCAACGCCGCCCUGCGGCUGCUCUUGGCGCUUUCAGAAGCCCUGCCCAAGGCCAGUGUCGAGGCAUGGCCCAGGUUGAUGCCACUGCUUCAAGACAGGCACUGCGCUGGUGGAGAAAAACGCCUUGACCCACGCGAAGGACUGCUUCAACGUCUGGCGGAGGAUGACUCCCGUGCAGCUGCGCUUUGUGAAGCCUGGAUGCGUUGA